GGUUGUCACCCAAACCAAAUAGCAGGACCUCUCCGGCGGUGCGCCACCUCAUCCGUUGUCACCUCGCCCCGCCGCACGGGGAGCAACUAGCGAGAAGUGAAAAAGUGAAGAUGCCGGGUUCGACAAUGGACUCGGAGCUUCCAGUUGAACCACAAUCUUUAAAGAAGCUAACCUUCAAGUCCGUAAAACGAGCUCUUGAUCUUUUCUCCCCUCUUCACGGCCACUUCCCUCCUCCCGAUCCCGAGAGCAAGAAGAUUCGAGUUAGUCACAAGCUAAAUGUUGAGUACGCGGGUGUUGAAGAAAUCAGUGCUCAGUCUCAGCCUAAUGCCAAAUCAGCUGCCCAAGAUCAACCUUCUGCUCCUUCCAAUGCCCUUGCUCUGCCAGGUCCAGAAAGCAUAAGAGAUCAACCAGAGGGUGGAGGCCAAAAUGAGCUAGUUAUUGGUCCUUCUGGGCAACCAAAGGGCGGAACUGAAGUUGCCUUCUCAGGAAAAAGUUCUGCACUUGUUGCUUCUCAUGUUUCAUCUGAAAGGAAUCUUUCUACUGCUGCCAUUAUGGAAAGGAUUCCAAGCAAGUGGCCGCGUCCUAUUUGGCAUCCCCCAUGGAAGAAUUACAGGGUCAUCAGUGGUCAUUUGGGAUGGGUACGAUCCAUUGCAGUUGAUCCAAGUAAUACUUGGUUUUGUACGGGAUCUGCAGAUCGGACAAUCAAGAUAUGGGAUUUAGCGAGUGGAAGGCUGAAGCUCACACUAACAGGUCACAUUGAACAAAUAAGAGGCCUUGCUAUUAGUAACAGGCACACGUACAUGUUCUCUGCUGGGGAUGACAAACAAGUAAAAUGCUGGGACCUUGAACAAAACAAGGUUAUUCGAUCUUAUCAUGGUCAUCUAAGUGGAGUUUAUUGCUUGGCUCUUCAUCCAACACUUGACAUCUUUAUGACAGGAGGUCGUGACUCUGUGUGUCGGGUUUGGGAUGUUCGCACUAAGGCGCACAUUUAUGCACUUUCCGGACAUGAUAAUACUGUGUGCUCAGUUUUUACUCGAUCCACAGAUCCACAGGUUGUUACUGGUUCUCAUGACUCUACCAUAAAAUUUUGGGACCUUAGGAAUGGCAAGACAAUGGCAACUCUCACACACCAUAAGAAAUCUGUUCGUGCAAUGGCUCUUCAUCCAAAGGAGGAAUCUUUUGCAUCUGCAUCUGCUGACAAUAUAAAGAAAUUCAACCUUCCUAGAGGAGAAUUUGUUCAUAAUAUGCUCUCUCAGCAGAAAACCAUCAUCAAUGCUAUGGCAGUAAAUGAAGAGGGUGUAUUGGCUACAGCAGGUGAUAAUGGAAGUUUGUGGUUCUGGGACUGGAGAAGUGGUCACAAUUUCCAGCAAGCUCAAACUAUUGUUCAGCCUGGAUCACUGGAGAGUGAGGCUGGCAUUUAUGCUCUGACCUAUGAGAUGACUGGUUCGAGGCUUAUUACUUGCGAAGCAGAUAAGACCAUUAAGAUGUGGAAAGAGGAUGAAACUGCCACCCCUGAAACCUUUCCCCUUCAUUUCAAGCCACCUAAAGAUAUUCGCCGCUUUUAGUGGAACCUUGUAUCUUGUUUCAGUUGUAUAUGCCAUGAAAAUAUUUGGUAACAAAAUCGUCGCAUUGUGUAUGCAGCUGUUGGUUGCCCUUUUAGUUAAAGAUGCUUUACAUUUGGACACGCAAUGGAGUGGCCAGAGAUGUAGCUUAGCAUGGGAAACAUCUGCCUUGAGGCGGCUAAAAAUGCCUCCCCGGGUUGGCUGCCGAAGCAUGUACCUAGAUUUUGAUAUCUAUGUGCUGUACUUUAUUUUAUUUUAUUUUGACGAGCAGAAUAGGUUAGUCCUCGGCUCAUUUGAAAGAUAGAGUUGGGUAGAUGGUGUAAAUCAACAAACAGAAUUUGCAAAUUUUAGCUAAACAGUUUUUGCAAAUUAUUAGAUUUCUUUACCUUUAGUUGCCCUAA